CAUAAUUAUCACUUCAACAAAAGCCAGUUCCCCUAAAGUCAUCAUCGAAAGCUCCACCGUUGUCCUUCAGCACCGCCCUCGCUCCGAUCGGACCUAACCUUUUCCGACUACCAGGAUAUAUACCGACGGACGGAGAAAGAGUUGAACGGAGGAAUUCAUCGCGGAAAAGCUGAGAGAGAAUGUCGCUAACGAGUGUAAAGAUGUCGGAGGAUGUGUGGUUAACAUGUCUCACUCAUGCAUUGUCCACCGAGACUGAAGAAAUUAUGGGGCUUCUUCUCGGCGAUAUUCAGCACUCCAAAAAUGGAAGUGUAACUGCCCUAAUUUGGGGAGCAUUGCCACAACCAAGAUGUGAUAGGCAGAAGGAUCGGGUUGAGACAAAUCCUGAGCAGCUGACAGCUGCAUCAGUUCAGGCUGAGAAAAUGACUCUGGAAACUGGAAGAACAACAAGAGUGAUUGGCUGGUAUCAUUCACAUCCACAUAUCACAGUCCUUCCUUCUCAUGUUGAUGUUCGGACUCAAGCUAUGUAUCAACUUCUAGAUUCUGGUUUCAUAGGAUUGAUUUUUUCAUGUUUCAAUGAAGAUCAAUACAAGGUUGGAAGAAUACAAGUUACAGCAUUCCAGUCAUUAGAUGGAAAGCAAAACCAUGUAUUGAAACCUCAUUUCAGUCCUAUAAAUAAAAGUUCCAUUAUAGAUCUAGAAUCUUCCUUAAGUUCCACAGAGAAUUCACUCACACAUUCUGGCUCAACACGUGUAGAAUCUCUAGAGUAUGACACUGGUGAUUCAAAAGCUUUAAAGGGUGGAGCAAAACCAUCUGCUUUGAAGGGUUUCUUUGCAAAUGCAGAUACUGUGAACACAGAAAGUGGCAUAGUUGAUAUUGACCCCAUGGAUAUGUCUGAAAGCAUACAAGAAGCAAUGCAUCGUUCAAAUAUGGAAAUGAGUGGUGCAGAAUAUGUGAGAAAAGAAGUUCCUCUUCAUGUUUUGCCAACUUUGUCACUUCUGAAUCUUGAAUCACCUUUAACAUCAUUUAGUCAUUUACAAUCUGUGUUAUAUGAAGAGGAGCGAACAGCAUAUCAUCAAGCAAUAUUACAAAUUAUGAGGGACGGAAAAGCCCAUCCGCUUUCUUUCAUCCAUCAUACUUCCACUUAUCAAGCUUCCAUCUGCAAAUUAAUGGAAUAUUGUUUAAGCCCUGCUAUAACUGCUCUUCAGGAUCGUGUGACAGAAAAUGAGAUUAGGCUUCGGAUGCUUGCAAAUGAAGCGAAAAUUCUGGAAAAAGAAAGCACAAGAGUGAAUGUGAAUGAUUCAAGUUCAAAUUCACCAAGAAAUGUUUCAUCUCAUGGGCACAGAGGAAGUGGGAAGGAUUUGUACAAUCCCUUUGAAUCAAAUAAUGUGAGAUCUGUUUCUGGUUCCAGUAGUCGUAGUAGAAAAGGUUCCUAGUUCCUAGUUGCUUUUUUUAUUUUUUAUUUUAAUUUUGGGUAUGUCAUGUUUCAGCUUUUGGUUCAUUAAUGGAAUUGUAUGAUAUUGGAAUCAUGUUUUGUUAGGUAGUUGAUUGGAUUGUAAAUGGCAAUCAAGUUACCUAUGUAUAUUUUUUUGAUCAAGGGUUAGGCC